AUGUCAAAUAAUGAAUUUUAUAAUAAUAUAAAUAAUAAUGAAGAAAAUUCACCAAACUCACCAGAUUCAAUAUACUCUUUAAAUUCACCAAAUAUCAAUAAUUUAAAUAAUGGUGAUAAUAGCAAUUAUAGCAAUUAUAGCAAUAAUAAUGGCACAACUCUAAGCAGAUCACUAUCAUCAAUAUUAUUUGAUAAUCAAGAACCAUUUGUUUUUGCACAGUCCUUAACUUCGGUGUGUAUGGACCCAACAUCACCAAUUAAUAAUGAAUGGCAACCAUCUGAUUUACAAAUACCACAACAUCCAAACCCACAAAACCAACUAUUAAAUGCAUCCAAUAUAACCAUACAAUCAUUUCAAUCGUAUUUAAAUAAAAUUAAACCAGUUUAUAAAAUAUUUAAAGAGAAUCAAAAUAAAGAGUUAAUACCUACCAAUAAAAAAACACAAGAGGAAAUCAUAUCAUUAGAGAAUAUACCAGCAUUCUUUUUUAAAAAGAAUAUGACGAUUAAUGAGAUUUUAAGCUAUGCCGAUAAUGACCCCUCGCCCAUUAUAUUUCAAAAACUAGAGCAUUAUCAUACUAUUAUCGAGGAGAAUAUUGUUGGUCAUGUUAGAGAUAAAUCCCUGUCUUUUUUUUCUGCAAUGUCUGAACUAAAGCUAUUUAGACAACAAUUACUAUUACUAUCAAAUCAUAUCAAAGAUUCAGAAAACUUUAUGGCAUUAAUAGAUAAAAAUUGCAUAGAUUCAUUAAAUAUUUCAAAACUAUUUUUACAGAAAAAUAGAAUUAAAGAUACAAUGGAAAUUUUAUCUUUGGUGUCACAGGUCAAACAAGCACAACCAGCUCUACAACUAUUAUUAUCAAAAAAUGAUUAUAUGGGUGCAUUAGAAUUAAUUUCAUCAACCCAGCAUGCUUUAAAUUUAGAUUUAGGCCAUAUAUCAUCCUUAAAAAAUUUAGCACCACAAUUAUUAGAAAUGGUACAUUUAGUUGAAAAGAUGUCAUUAGACGAGUUUAUUAGAGUGUCAUUAAAUGAUAAUUUAUUAAAUAACAAUAGUAACAAUAAUUCACCAAUUUUAAAUAAUAAUAAUAACGAUAUGAAUAAUAGCAAUAAUGAUGAAAUUAAUUUACAAUCAUUAAGUGAUAAUAUUCAAAUAUUUUUAUUACCUUUAAUAACGGUUAUAUUAAAAGUAGAUAGAAUUCAAGAGGCAUUGGAAGAAUUUAGGGAUGCAAGUAUUGAAUCUGUCAAAUCUUUAUUCAGGAAUACUGUAGCCAAUAUAACCUAUCAACUACUAGAUAGCGGUAACAGCAGCCACCAUAAAACUCCAACUAAUAAUUUUAAUUCAAAUAAUUUCAAUUGGAACGACUGUAAAUUAAAGCUAUUGAAACUAUCAUCCAACGACUCAUUGCCACUGUUCAAAUCUGUGGAUCAAGCAUUUAGAAAAAAGUUUAUUAUCAUUUCAAAAAUCAUUCAAUUAAUAAUCGAAAGAGUUAACAACUUACCAAAUGAAAGAGAAAAGGAAGAGCAAGAGUUAGGUAGAGAACUAUCGUCUAGUGACAGAGAAAAGGUUGUUAUUUUAGCCGAAUCCGUAACAAACACAUGUAACUCUGUAAUGUACUCUAUUGUGGAAACUAUGCAUGAAAGAAUAUCAUCGCUACUCAAAGUUAGAAGUGAAAUCAAUGCUAAAUUGGCCCUUCCAGAUUUUGUUCAAUUCUACAAUCAAAUCGAAUCCUUUUUAAAAUUUACAGAUAGCUUUGCCUCCACUCUAUUAAAAAGAAAAGUGCCCAUUUUAAGAUCCGCUUUAAUCUCUCAAAUUAAACAAUUUUUAGAUAUACUACAUAAAAAUAGAAUGUCAUCUUUAACAUUAUUAUUAGAAAACGAAGAUUGGAUACAAGUUAAAGUGGUAUCUGAAUUUCAGCAAAUUGUUAAUAAUAUUGUUAAAAAUUCACUAGAUCAACCAUUAGAUGAUAAUAAUAAUAUAGAUAAUUGUAAUAAUGGGGCAAUAUCAACUGAUCAACAACAGCAAGCCGAUAUCGAUAUUUCAGAUGAAAUAUUUAUAAGCACAGAACCAUUUAAAGUUGUAAAUACGUUAUUAAUGCUAUUAAAGUUUUUAAGCGAUUAUUUAAGUUGUUGCGAAAAGCUACCCUCAAUCAUUAUCGACUCUAUUCCAAAGAUUAUAGAGCUACUAAAUACUUUUAACUCAAUGACCUAUCAAUUAGUAUUGUGCGCAGGUGCUAGACAAACCAUGAAGCUAAAAACCAUCACUUCAAAACAUUUAGGCUAUGCUUCCCAAUCUCUUAGUUUCCAAAUUAAACUUAUACCCUAUAUUAAAACAAUUUUACAAAGAUCUUUAAACACCAAACAGUAUUCGUUAUUAAAUGGCUUAGACAAACUAUUACAAGAUUUUUCAACUCAUAGACAAGAAAUUUUCGAUAAAUUUAUAGUAAUUGUCAAAGAAAGAUCAAUCUAUCAUUUAAAACAAAUGGCGGCUAUGGAAUUAAAAGAUGAUACAUUACCAAUACCAACUCCUCCAAUCGCAGCAUUACUAAAAGAUAUUUUAACACUCCAUAAACUAUUAUCAAGUAUCUUACCUGCAGAGCAAUUGUUCAAGGUUUUUACAGGAAUCUACUUUAUGUUUAAUCCAUUGUUUAUGGACUUUUUAACAAAAAUAGAUUUAUCUCACAAGAUUUCAAGAAGAAGAAUCCACAACGACGUUUUGCAUAUAUUAAACUCUUUAAGACAAUUAAAUAAUGCUGGUGACCCUGGUAAUGAUAUCGAAGUAUUUUUAAAUCAAAAUUUUCCCAUGUAA